AUGUUACCCUUACGCAUGCAACUCUCGAGAGCUACCUGGAAUCCCUCGAACGGAACGACAGCCACCAUGAUUUCCAGGUCUCCAACCCAGCAGGCCAAGCCUUUUCGGCUGCGGGGCCGAGGUGUGUCAACGGCCUCUCCGGACGGCCCGCCGGGUUCAGACCCCAAGGGGCCGCCUGCCGCCGGCGAGACAUCCCCUGUGCCACUGCCAGCCGGCGAUCCCCAUCAGCCUGGGCGUCCAGCUGACGACGAGGACCCUUCCGUGGGUGACACGAUGGGGGCCAUUGGCCAACUGACCAACCGCGCCAUGGCCGAGUCCCGGGCAGAGCCAGACCAGUCCGUUGACAAGCUAAACUUGUUGCACAUGGUCCAGGCUGCCCUCGCCAUUGAUGGCCACGACCCAUCAGCCUCCACGUCGAGCAGAUUGGGUCAGGGCGACCUGGAUAGGGUGACUCCGUGCGCUCUUCCCCCGCGUCAAGAGGCCGUGAAAUACAUACGUGGUUACCUUGACGCUCUGUAUCAUAUCCCCUGCCUCGUGAGACCGGACGAAACCACCUUGGUGUCCCACCUGGACAAUGUUCUUGCUGCCGUGGCGCCUGAGCAGCAAUAUGGCCAGCCUGACAUCAACACUCAUGCCAAGGCCAACACCAGUGCGAUUGAGCUAUUUGAGAUCCACCUUCAGAUCGCCAUUGGCAUCAUGGUGUCCCAGGACGCUGUCCGCCUAGCAAACUAUGCCCAUUCGUUACAUGCGGCUGCGACCAGGUUGCUCCCUGCUGUGUUCAGAUCAAGACAUUAUGCGGACUCGCUCCGCAGCCUGCUACUCCUCAUCGCAUUCUCGCUAGUGCAUCCUGGGGGCGGGUCAACAUGGCAUCUUCUCGGAUGGGCUAUACGCGUAUGCAUCACUGCCGGGUUCCACAAGGAACCCACGAGCCAGACCGGCCUGCCACUCGAGGAGAUUGAGGAAGCGAGAUGGUUGUUCUGGAGCGUAUAUGUCCUGGACCGCUGGGUUUCUAUUGCCAUGGAUAGACCAUUUGGAAUGCGGGAUGUCGACAUAAGCAUUCAGCCCCCCAAUGAGAAGUCGGAAAGCUCCCCGUCAAGGACGCCCUUACAUGGACUGUCCAAGUUCAGAGAGGCCCUGGGCCUUCAUUUCAUCCGCCACGCGCACAUUACCUCUAACAUUCGAACCGACUCCCGAGCUAACCCCUUGUCCCACUAUGGCAACCUCACAAACUGGAGAGAUUUCGACCCUCCGCUUAGUUCAUCCUCAGAUAUGGUCCGCUUAUGGGAAGAUAGCGUGGAUCAGCUUAUGUGCCGCGGCUUGCUUCAGAUAGUAGCGCUCUUGGAAGACGGGGGACGAGGUGAUCAAGAAAAGCGCCACACUGAAGCCGGCAUCGUCCCCGCAAGAAUGAUAGCCGAGAUCCAGAAGGACGCCAGAGCUUCAUGUCGUCGAUUCGUCAUGACAUCCUACGACCGUGCAGGACAGUGGCCAAUAACACGAUCCUUCUUGGACUCCUACGACCUGGUGGCCGCCACAGUAGGCUACAUAUGCCUAGAAGCAAGACAGGGGCAACAUUCACAAGUUGGGUCCAGGAGUCCCAACAAGGCCGAGCUGAUGGAAGUAGUUCACAAAUCGUCCGUCCUGGUGACGCAGAUAGCGUCGCGGUUUCCAGGACUCGAUGGAUUCCAUAGGCUUUUUCUCUCCUUAUCUAGCAAGGCAGUAGGCGAGUCUACGGGGCAGAUCCUGGAGUAUCCUCGGAACUUACCGUCAUCACUCCGCCGGCUCAUAGACAUGAGCUUUUCUACGAGUCCCAAUUACUAG